AUGGAAAUAACGACGUUUAAUCAACGUAAAAAUGUACCACGUAUGUUUCAAUUUCAACGUAUGGAACGUAUUGUUAAAGCUAUGCAACAUCCAACGUCAGGAGUACCUGUUCGUGAACAAAAAUCAUUUCUUUCAACAAUACCAAAUGCAUUCACGGGAGCUGAUGUAUCAGAAUGGAUCAUAAAAAAAUUACAUGUUAAAGAUCCUGCUGAAGCACUCCAUCUUGCUUCAUUAUUAUGUUAUUAUGGAUACUUUUUUCAUGUGACAACAAAUGGGGCUGUCCAAAUCAAGGAUGAUAAUGAACUAUUUCGUUUUCAGGCACCUUAUUUUUGGGUGUCGACUAAUUGGACAACAGGCAAUGCUGAAUAUGCUAUUUAUUUGCUGAAACGAACAUUAAGAAAUCGUCAACGACAUGGUCUUGAAGAAUAUGAAAUGCGUGCACUAGAUGAUCUUAAAAAGAAACUGAUUCAUCAAUGGGAUUUUGUAACCAUGCAAGCUGAAGCUCAAUUUCGUGUGCUCAAAGAUCGUAAAAAAACUGAUAAAACAAUAAUUGAUAGUCAAGAACGAGCUUUUUGGCGUGUUAUGCGACCUUCACCGGAUGAAGCAUCAAUACUCGAAAUGGAUAUUCGACAUGAUAUGUAUGCUUAUCGACUGAUGAAACGUGAAGAAGUAGUGAAACGACGCCGAACAAAAAUGAUUGAACUACCAUUUUUUCAGCUUGAAUAUCUUCAACAUACAUUGACCAAUCGAGUACGCACAAAGUCAUCACAGACGCAUCAAAGUUUAUGCGCAUUCUGCGAAUUAUUCACUGAUUAUGAUCCAUUUUUGGGUAAUUGUUCGCCAUCAAAUCCAUGGCUAACAUCAGAUACUGAUCGGUGGACACUUAUGCAACCCUUAGUUGAUAAUCCCACUCAACUUCGUGUUCGUCGUUGGUCAUUUAGUUGUAAAGAACUUCUUUCCGAUCCAACUGGUAUAUCUGAAUUUAUGAAAUUUUGUAAAGCCGAUUUUUCAACGGAAAGUCUUCAUUUUUACUUGCACGUACAAGAAAUACGUCACUGUCCUUUAGCACAGAUAAAACAAAAAGCAGAUGCUGUCCAUCGAGAACAUUUAGCACCAAAUGCACCGCAAGAAGUUAAUAUUAAUAAUACAAUACGAACAAAAAUUAUACAACAACUCGAAAAUCCUUAUCGCGAAAUGUUCAUUGAAGCAGAAAAACAUAUUGUUGAGUUAAUGAAAAAAAAUAGUUAUCCACGUUUCAUACAAUCGGAACAUUAUCGUAAUCUUCUACAGAAUGCACUUAAUCCUUUGCCAAAGAAACCUGGUAUAUUUCAUUUUGUGAAAGAUAAUUAUCUUCGUUUAUCAUCAAGUAGUAGUGAUGAAGAAUACGAUUCAGAUGAUCAAGUUCGAAAAGUCGAUAAUACCUUGAUGAAUAUCUCCGCUAAUAAUAUCCAAAACAAAGCUCAACCUCUUGUUGGAACAUUAGUAAAUACAGCGGCUCUUGCAACGGCAGUUGUUACGAUGAGUUCAGCAUCGAUACAAGCUAUCGACGGUGAUGGUAAAAGAAUUUCUUUACAACGUCAAACAAUCAUGAAAUAA